GAUCAGAAGAGGUUAUAAAUAGAGGUGCCACACUCAUUUGUUUCUUUGAUUCUGAGGCAGAGUGAGAAGUGACAUGGCCUCUACAAGCCGCCCAGAUGUUCUGGCCCUUCCCAGAGUUCAGUGUCCCAACCACCCUGAUGCCUGUCUGGUGGAGGACUACAGAGCAGGGGACAUGAUCUGCCCUGAAUGUGGCCUAGUAGUAGGUGACCGUGUAAUCGAUGUGGGCUCAGAGUGGAGAACGUUUUCUAAUGAGAAAGCCCUCAAGGACCCAUCCAGAGUGGGAGACGCCCAGAACCCAUUACUCAAUGGAGGAGACUUAACCACCAUGAUUAGCAAGGGAACAGGAGCUGCCAGCUUUGAUGAAUUUGGAAACUCAAAGUACCAGAACAGGAGAACCAUGAGCAGCUCUGACCGGGCCAUGCUGAACGCCUUCAAAGAGAUCAGCACCAUGGCGGAUCGCAUCAACCUGCCGAGGAACAUCGUAGACAGAACAAACAACUUAUUUAAGCAGGUUUAUGAACAGAAGAGCCUGAAGGGCCGAGCCAAUGAUGCCAUCGCGUCAGCCUGUCUCUACAUCGCCUGCAGACAAGAGGGUGUGCCGCGAACCUUUAAAGAGAUCUGCGCUGUGUCCCGGAUCUCAAAGAAAGAGAUCGGUAGGUGCUUCAAGCUGAUCCUGAAGGCACUGGAGACCAGCGUAGACCUCAUCACCACGGGAGACUUCAUGUCCCGCUUCUGCUCCAACCUCGGCUUACCCAAACAGGUGCAAAUGGCAGCCACCUUCAUCGCCAGGAAGGCUGUGGAGCUCGACUUGGUGCCUGGCAGGAGCCCCAUCUCUGUAGCUGCAGCUGCCAUCUACAUGGCUUCCCAAGCUUCAGCAGAGAAGAAGACCCAGAAAGAAAUCGGAGACAUCGCCGGUGUUGCAGAUGUAACGAUCAGACAGUCGUAUCGACUCAUCUACCCACGGGCUGCAGAGCUUUUCCCCCCAGACUUCAAAUUUGACACACCUGUUGAUAAACUGCCCCAACUGUGAAGAAUACUUCUCUCGUACAGCACAAAAAAUUUCUGCUGUACCUACAAGAUCAUCAUUAUUAUUGCUGGUUUUUUUUGUUUUUUUUUAAUGAUGCGUGUUGGAUUUGGAAGAUUUCUUGUCCUGCCUUAGAUGACACCAAAGUCUGACAGGUGCAGCGGACAUACAUUCCAGUGCUUAAAUAAACAGCUUGCAGACUGCACUUGCAGUAUUUCAUUUGAGUGUAUAUACUGUAUAAUGUAUAUAUGUCCAAGUGGGAAGUGUAACCGAUACUUGCAAUUUUAGGCUGAUUUCAUACUGUACACAAAAAACUUGUUUUUUUGUAGAAAAUUGCCAGUUUCUAUUUUGUUAGUGUGUUUGAAUUGUUCUGGGUAAUUUAAAUAAAAAUAAAAGUUCUCUUUAAACCAGGUCAGCGCUUGGA